AUGAUAACAGCAAAGACAAUUAUAAAUGAAGCAACAUCAUUUGUAAUUGGAUCAUCUGUUGAACAGGAACAUGAGAAGGUUGGUCUAGUCAACCAGGCGAAGGAUUUCGAUGAGCCAAUGAAUGACGAAGACGAUGAUUCAGAUGAUAACACCAAUACAGACGAUUCACCACAACCAAUACGCAACAACUCCAUCAACAACUCCUCAAUAAUAGAAUCAGAGUCAAUUGGUAAUGCAAUCCUACUAUCUGAUAACAAGUCUGAUCAUCAAGAUGCAUCGUCUACUUCAUCAUCAUCUUCAUCACAGUCAACAACUAGUAAUGACCCAUCAGCAGAGCUGAAACAAAGAGUAGUGACAUCAUCGUUGUCGACGAGUAGUGAGAAGAGGCCACCGAUACUGCCCAAGAACUAUCAAUACUCUUUGCACAGUUAUGAUAACCUACCUGCAUACUUGCAAGGCAAUGAGUACAUUCAAACAGGCUACAGAGUUAACUUUAGUUAUCGACUAUGUAUCAAGAGUCUAUUCCGUAUACAUAAUGAGACUCUCAACAUUUGGACUCACUUGUUGGCGACAGUAAUGUUCUUCAUAUUGAUGAUUGUAACACUCGAGUACAUACUGGUCGACCCUUCACCAACCGAUAAGUUCAUCUUUACGGUGUUCUUCCUCUGUGCCCAAGCUCAGAUGCUAUUCUCUGCCAUCUUCCAUACCUUUUGCUCUGUGUCCAGUCGAUCAUACUUAUGGUUCGCACGUCUGGACUACUGUGGAAUCAGUCUAAUGAUCGUUGGAUCCUAUUAUCCAAUCUUAUAUUAUCUUCUAAAGUGUCAUCCAACUGCAAGAAUAGUAUAUAUGACUGCCAUCUCUAUAUUGGGUGUCGUUGGUAUAUCAGUUAGUAUGUUGACAUUCUUCCAAUCAUAUCGCUUCCGCACGAUGAGAGCAAUCUUCUUCAUUGUGUUUGGAUUCUUUAUCUUGAUACCGCUGCCACAGAUUAUCGCCCUGGAGGGCAUCGCCUAUGUGUGGCCGGCGUUCUGGCGUCUGUCACUGGUGGGCGCAUCCUACGUCAUUGGCGCCACCAUCUACGCUUCACGUUGUCCAGAGUGUUGUGCACCUGGCAAGUUCGACAAUGGAUUCAGUAGCCAUCCAAUAUGGCAUCUCUUCACCAUCGUAGCUGCACUUUUGCAAUUAUACGGCUGUAUUUUCUCAUUCAAUCAUUAUGGUUCAAGAUGUUAA